CAAAAUGCACCAACCGUCAUGUAUGAUCCUCUAGAAUAUUUUGAAGGAGGACAUUGACGGUCCUCUUCUCGUUUUGCUUUGCUUAUAGAGGUGUCAAACGUGGUGGCUUUAGUCAUAUUGGUCCGGUCCUAUUAGAUAUGCGAAGUCUCUCUACUUUAGGGUCAUGUGUUCUGGAUGGAUUUGCAAGUGACAUGGGAAGCUGCAAGAUCAUGUCUAUCAUGCUAAAGCCUCUCUUAAAGUUUAAUGGAGAUUUACGCAGAACUACAAUCUUGAGAGUCAGUGUGAGAAGGCCUCCAGGAUACGGAAGAGCUCUCAAAGCACGAGAUGGCCGACGAAUGUGCCUCACAGUACGCAGCAGAGCGCGAGGCUCGCAAUGCUGUCACUCUCGGGCUGAGUGACCAGAAGACGAUGCACCAGUUGCCAUCGUCUGGGAAGAGCGCCCAGGAUCGCCGGAGACAGGCGGCACGUCGGCGUGCUCAGAAUGAAAGUGCUGG